AUGGUGAAGCCUACGCUGGCACUAUGCGGUCGUCUCCGCUUCACCACGAAGCAAGUGGGCCGGGGCUUCUAUCGAGGAAACCGUACAGGCUCGAUGGGUGCACAUACAGAGUUCGGCAAAUACAUGAUCGACUGGCGGAAAACCACACACUUCAACGUGCCUGACACGACGGACUUUGCUCUCUCACCUUUCGUGACACAAGAAAUGGAACAAACGCCUCGAGUCGAAGAAGGCCCCAGUGGCGCGCUCUACACACCUCCCCGAGUCGACGGGCUCGAGUUCCUCAGAGCGUGGAAGAAACUCAACCCGGCGCAGUACGAUAGUGUGGUUGACUACCAAGAAAACCAGAUCGUUGCAAAUGAACAAAGUUAUGAGGAAGUUCCCGCACAAAAGCAAGCGUCCAUCCAGCAACAAACAUAUACGCAGGGUGCGGAAGCUGGCCGAAGGCCCUUUCAGCAGCAGCAGACCCGCCAAAUGCACACAUCGAGUAGGCGUCUCGGCUCCGCGCAACGGCCCGCGUCAAUGGUCUCUAACCCCCCGAGCGCAAAAGAAUGGCUCGAUAUGACUCGCGAAGAACGCAAAGCCCUCAUCAAUGCAGCCACAACGGCCAAAAUCCGUCAACUGAAAAAGGAGCGCGGCGAACACGUCACACCCGCCGAGAAGCAGGCCAUAAAAUCAGACAUGAAGAUACGGCUAAGGCAGGAAUUGAUCGGGACGGGCAUGUUCGAGGACAAGAAAGAGUACGAUAAGAUGAUGUCCGCGGAAGGAAGGAGUCGAGCGAAGGAAGGACUACCCAAGCGGACGCCCGAAGAAAAGAGGGAAUUUCUGCUCUCUCUACUACAGAAAACUGGCAACGCGAAUGGCGCACUGGAGAGAAUAUUAACUGAGCCAGCGUCUGUGGAGAAGCAUUCAUGA